AUGUAUGAUAUAGAUAAUAGUGAUGGGCAUAUGCCUUGUAAGAUAAAAGUUCGAGUCAAGUCUUCUAUGAUACCUCACUUGAGUGAAUUUGUUUUUGAAGUAAACAGACAACUAACUGUGGGUGUCUUGAAAAAUUGGAUCAGCGCUGUAUUUAAAGAUUACGUUAGUAUUUCAGAACAGCAGCUUCUAUCUGGUGAUUGUAUAGCAAAGAAUAGUCAAGAAAUUAGUCAGUUUAUUAAAGAUGAUCCUAAUUCGGUGACUUUUCAUUUAACAACAGCUUCUGAAAGUUCUUUACUGUCAUUGAGUGUUCCAGGCUUAUUUAUUCCUUUUAAUGUUCUUGGUUGUGAUUCGUUUAGUCAGGAUAUUCCUGGAUUAGGUAAAACAGAGCAAAAUACGUUGGACGAGACGGUAAAAUCAUGUUCUGGUUCUUGCGAUUGUACCUGGCUUCCGAUUUAUUAUCAAGCAGCAGUUGUUAAUAAUGAACUAUGUCUUCUUAAGAUCCUAAAUCAUUCUAAUGUGUGUUCUUUGGAUAAAGAAUCCUUUUCAACUGAAAAAAGGAGUCCAUAUCGAGUUUUAUUAAUGUCUUCUGAAAAUGUUGUACAACAUAUAAAUCAAAAUGUACAAAAUAAUUCACAGUUUUUAAAUACCGCUGUUGAUUCAGACUCUCACGUACAGAAUCCUGGUAUAAACAAUGAGCGUCUUCGUAUGAUAUUUGUUCAUUUAUGGUUAUUUAUAAGGCUGGCAUUCUUUGUUGGACUAUUUUCUGUAAAUAGUUCAUGGAUACGAUUUUGUACAUUGGUUAUUAUUGCACUUCAGUUUUUUUUAGUUUGGCAUACGGGACGUUUAUUAAGCAUAAGGCUUUUUUUUCAAAGAAUAAUUAAUCGAGACAGAGAUCGGAACUCACAUAGGAAUGAGCAAUCUUCUCUUGGUUCAGAGCCUGAAUUGUCUCAAUCUAUAUCUCAUGAUCAAGGUCAUAAUCAGAAUACAGAGUUUAAUUGGGGAAGGAAUUUAGGCUACAGGGAACAACUUUUUAUGCUCUUUUUUACAGAAUUAAUACAAAUUUGA